CUCGCCCGGCUCUGCACACCAGUCGCAGACCUUCUACAGCUCCUCGUCUCAGCACCCACACACACCGCAACCACCCCCACAGCACCUCCACCAUGGGCGGCAAGAGCGACGAGCAGGUCAUCGAGGAGUUCAACGAGUACGUCAACAUGACGCCGGACGAGCUCAAGGAGUGGCUCGAGACCGAGGACUCGCAGUCGUCGGGCUGGAGCAAGGACAACUCGGGCAAGGUCGGCCAGGGCGAGGAGAGCGUCGGGCACGAGUCGGGCCGCAAGAUCAUCGACAUCCUCGAGCGCAACCCGCAGAAGGACCCGGAGCAGUACACGGAGGAGGACCUCGCCCACAUGCGCAAGGUGACGAGCUACUGCAAGCGCCACCUCGCGCAGGAAGGACACAUGGUCGAGGAGAAAGAGCCCGAGGAGCUCGAGCAGACCAAGAGCUACCGCAGCCUCAAGAACUGGGGCCACGACGCGCUCAAGUAGAUGCACGACACUCGACGGCGUGCGAGCCGGACAGCGAGGUCGUGCGGGCCUGCUCGAGGUCGACGAGGCCUCUCUCUCUCUUUGCUUGCUGUAGACACUCUAGCGCUUCCUGCAAAGGAAUUCUGUACAGACUCC